AUGGUAAGAAGUGGGCAAGACGUCUCGCUAACAUGGAACUACUCCCUCACUUCUUAUGAACAAAAUAAUAGUCAGACGUUGUUUAUGGUCAGAUGGAGAAAGUUUGAUCUUGGAACUUCAUCUUUUGAUGUGUUUGCAACUUACGUCAAAAUCACUGGGUCUUCCGCAGCUUAUCACCAACCCAAUGCUCCACGCAUUGUAGUUGACAGAUCUACUGGAAAUGUUUCAGCUACUUUACAAUUCAAAAAUGUCAAGUUGGAAGAUGCAGGAAUUUAUAAAGUUGAAGUUGCUGUAGGGUGGUUCCCUGGGCCCGUAACAAUUGCUGAGCAAGAGUUUUACUUCAUUGUUUUAGGUAAGGGCUGCACCUUACAUAAAUUUGAAAUGUCGCUUUUAAUUAUAAUCACUGGCCAUUCGUUCAUGCAUACACUUCGCAUAUUAUUAUUGAUACGUUUAAUACAUUGAUGCCUCCACUCUGAUAAAAAUUUCAAAACAUCCAAAAUUGCGAAUUAUAAACUUUGGUUGCUACUCUCUUACUCUUUCUUUCACGCACCUUAUUGUCAGAAGAAAGCAAGAUGUACUCUUGCGCUUUGUUUACAUACCCUGGCUCAAGGAAGUUGAUGUUCGAAAGAGAACGGAAGAAUUUUGGUCAAGGAAUAAAUUUCUUAGAAAAUAUGUGAAUGAAGCGAUAAAACUAGUUAUAAAUCCUGGUUAAAUUACAACGGGUACUAAACAGCUCGGCUAAAGCUACGUUCAAACGCACGCAAUAACCAACAAUUUUGGCCGGUUUCAAACUUUGCGCAACAACAUACAACAACAUAAAACAAGGUGUGCAAGCGGACGCAACAUGAAACAUCCAAUAAUGAGUUGUUGGCCAGCAAUGUUGUACAUUUAAAACGGUUUUUAUGUCAUGUGUGUUGACUUCCUGUUGAGAUGCAAAUAAAGUUCAAAGUAGCUAAAGGAGUCUAGCGCCCCAGUACCAAUCUUACUUACAAAUUGAUGCAACAUUGUAUGCCAACAACCCCCAACAUUGUUGGAUGUUACAUGUUGCGCCUGUUUGCAUACCCUGUUGCAUGUUAGUGCUAACACUUACGAAACAACUCCCAACAACACACAACAACAUGCAACGGGUGUGAAGAUGGACGCAACAUGUAACAUCCAUCAAUGUUGGGGGUUGUUGGCUAGUGAACAAUAUUGCGUUCGUUUGCACGGGGCUUUAGGCAAUCGUGCUUUUAGGCACCGCACAAACGGAUACAGCAUUUUUGGCCUACAACUUCCAACAUUUUUAGAUGUACACACCCUGUUGGACAAAGUUUGAAAUUGGUCAAUCAUUUAGCUUCGUGCGAAAGGACGCAACAAACGGACGGCGCUUCUCAUAGGCCGCUCUUUCACUUUGGAAUAGUUAAUUAAAGAGCCGAUAUUAAUGGGCACUUUAAUAGGGCUUUGUGAGUCGUUUUUAAACUAAGGUUAUGUUCACACUGUAUCAGAUAGGUUUUCCCGGUGCUACGAAAAGCUAUUCGGUACAAGCUCCAAUGUUAACUGCUUUAGCUCGGUCAGCCUUUCCCAGUAAGAUUUAUCUGAUCCACAUCUCAAACGAGAGGCGCAAGACUGGAUGCUCUAAAAUUUUUUAGUGAUAGUCAUGACAAUAUUACAAAAAAUAAACUAUUUUUCUCGUCUACUUUAAAGUAGUAAGAAUAUCUAACACUUAUGGCGAAAAUGUAUAAAGACGAAUACAACAACUAGUAAGGCAAAUUACCAAUGAAAAACACUAGCGACAUGAAGAGAGGCCAAACGAAUACACCCAUCUCUGAGAUGAUCGGAUCGUUUUGCGUCUCUAGUAUAAAUAAGAGUACAAGACGCAUUAUGUGUCCAGACAAACUUUUCUUCGAAAUGAGUCUUGAACGAAGCAUAACGAAAGGUAGUUCAUUUGGACGCAUAAUGCGUCUCUGGGUGCAAAUACGGGCAACAGACGAAGAACGAUAAAAAUGAGGUCGUGGAGGCAAGCUCAAAGGUUAGCGAAAAAGAGCGAAUCCUGCAGGAACAGAGCUCAAAUACUUCGCCCUCUUUUCUCAACUCAUCUGGAACGUACUAGCUAUUUUCUUUUGUUGUUUUUAAUUACGAUUGCUAACUUAACAAGGGGUUCUGAACGUUUCUUUAACAUUUUCCCUUAUAUUUUACAUUGGAGAUUUAAAAACUCUUCUGCUUUUUUUGUUACGAGCACAAACGCGGCCGCUGGAGCCCACAACCCCAUAAAUUUUACCACCAAAACAUAUUUGUGUCCAUCUUUUUUUUAUUUCGGCCGCGCGAAAUAUCUCGCAUUGUUCGUCUCUCGUAGGUUGUCUCGUCAUUUGUCCCGUCUUUAGACUGGACGUAUGGCACGAGGGACGCAUUAUCCGUUUGGACGGAUAUUUCUUUAUCCAUAGUAUCAUGAAACAGCCAAUAAUAAUUUAAGUCAUCAUAUGACUUUUCAAGGUCUUCUAGCUUGAACGUUAAACUAUUAGCCUGUCACUAACGUUUAGAAAGUGUACAACAAUAUGCUAGUAAAAUCGAGCGCUUUUAAAACUAAAAAAAAAAAAAAAAACGACGACGUCAAGAAAGCGAUAGAGAUGCCAAGAAAUCGACAAAAGGUCUGGUAGGUGCUUUAUAACUCUUCUUUUCCCUUCCUGUGGUCCCUGGUUCCCCGCUUCGUCACCAGUCACUCGCGUUUCGCGCUCACCUUUGUGUCACCUUACGUUUCUUUGCGAUCAAAGUGCGGAAAAGGAGGUAGGAAACGAGAAAUAACCAUCAUGCGCCAAGACAAUCAUCCCUGCCGUAUUUCUACUAUCUUAUACACGCGCAGGAUAUGUUGAACAUAUACUUGGUAGUGGCUAUAUCAACAAUCUCUACCAAUAACCCUUCUGCGCAUGGCCAACAGAGAGAGAAGAGCUGGGGAAACCCUGGGACAAGGUUUUAUCUGACUUAUUUAUUAAAAACAAUAAGAAUGUUUCUGAUUGGUCUAUUCAAAUUCGCGGGAGAACGUGGAAUGUUGAGGUGAGUACACCCUUAAUUUAUUUUUGUACCAUUUCAGAAGUCAUAUCGGCGACUUUCACAGCCGAAAAAAAUUCCCCAAUCUUCAAAAACAAAAAACAUUAGUUACGUAUAGAAAAUUGCUAAGAUGAAGACCGAAAGGUGAAAAUAAAUAAAAAUACACUGGCAUCUUAGCAAGUUGAUUGCGGUUUGUAGAUGAGCAUCUGAACAGGCGAGGCUCAAAGAACGCCAAAAGCGCUCACUGGAGCCUUCACUACUAUAACAAAAUGGAAACUUAUCGAUGUGAGGAAAUUUGGUUAUGAUGCCAGCGUUUGUCCUUCAGCGCAUACAGACUGUGGGGCUUGAGGUGGAAAGACUCAGUAAGGGAACGGAAGGAAGUCCUAGACAUGUACCUUACGUUUGUUUUUGACGUAAAAUUAACCAGUUUAAGGGCAACCAAAGGAGUUGCUCGAGUAAUAAUCUACAUUGCAGUUUCUUGUGUUCUACUGAAGAUAAUAGGAAAUAGAUUGUUAAGGCUUUGCGUUUUGCUUUGUCACGCUUUUUGUCACGUUCCAAGAAUAAUGUUCUCUCAGAUUGUUUAAAAACUUUGCUGCAUCUAGAAAUAUGUUUGCCGACAUAGAGUGAUCAUGAACCUGAAGCUUUUUGCCAUGGAAAGCGAAGUAUUCAAGGAAACCUGUUUACCGUUAAACUAGCCCCUGCUCGUGUGGAACUUAAAGUAUAUUCUCCUCGAGCUCAUGUCCUUUUUUCGCACCAUUGAAAUUUCCGUUAGUGACGUUGAAAGGUCAUUUGCCAAUUCUAUACCCGGUCUAUAAUGUUGGGAGGCUUCCUUAACUUUUUGCUUUCUUCCUAGCUUAUAACUUUGAUGAGAACUCUUUAUUAAAAAAGUUUUAGGAUUAAGACUGUUCAUUUUUUCAUGGAGGAGGGGGAGAGGCUCGUGGGAUUUGACGUGUAGCUCCUGUGGUAUGAUCCCCCAUCUUCAUUAGAAUUUUUUGGGGGUGGCCUCCCCUCGUAUCUUAGAUUAAUUGAGAUGAUAAUAAAUAAUAACAAUAGUUAUUAAUAAUAAUAAUAAUAAUACAGAUAAUAAAACAAAACAUGAACCGCUAAUUGUUUCUUUAACAAUAUUUUUGAGGGCAUAAAGUCCCGUGCAAACGAACGCAACAUUGUGGGCCAAUAACUCCCAGCAUUGUUGGAUGAUACAUUUUACGUCCGUUUGCACACUCCGCAUGUUGUUGCGUGUUGUUGGGAGUAGUUUCGGGAAAUUUGAAACCGAGCAAGUGUUGGGAGUUGUUUGCGUCCUGCGGCUCGUAGCUUAAGAUUCGACUUUAUUAAACUCCUUCUUCUAUUUGCGGAAUAAAAUUUAAAACUUGAGAGGUGGCAAACCUUAUCCGAGAGAAGGGGAUGAAAGACCACGGGUGUAUCUGCAUUACUGACUGAAUUUUCUCUACUUCAAAACUAAAGACGGCGGUUAGUUAACGCGUGGACUACUGAGUUAAGGGAAAAAAUACGCCUGCAAUGUAGGGUUGGGAAUAAGUCACUUGAAGUGUUUCUUCUUUUUCCAGUGCCUCCUCGAAUUGCUAAUGUAAGUAAUGAUCAAGUAGUUUGUGAAAGCUCUUUGAUUUUCUUGAGCUGUAAUGCAACUGGCAUACCACCACCAAACAUCACUUGGACGAGAGUAAAAGAUGAUGGUACAGACAGUGAACCUCUGCUUCCAAUUGUGGAUGGAAAAUAUGCCACGAGUAAUAUACAGAGGAACACAAAUAGAACAUACCGCUGUACAGCUGAUAAUGGAGUAGGUGCCCCUUUUAAUCGUACAGUGCGCGUGGAAGCUCAAUGUAAGUUAUGUAGUUUCUUUCAUGUUAUUGUAAGCGGUGGGCUAUACUCCUUCAAGACUGUUUCACGGCUCAAUUCCUGUGCAUCUUUAUUCACCUCUUCUUUCAUACGUUCCACUUUUAGAUUCUCCUGGUGUUGAGAAAAUUGUUAACUCAUCACAUUCGGUGGUUGAAGGUGAUUUGUUUAACAUGACUUGUGUGACAUCUGGUUACCCUGAGCCAAAUGUUUAUUGGAUCAAAGUGAACAAUGGUGCACGUAUAAAUGGUAGCAUCCUGAACUUCACCAACAUCAACAGAAAUGAUAUUGGACAAUACAGAUGUGAGGCAAAGAAUGAAUGUGGGAUUGUCGGUAGUGUUCAGUCUAUUGAAGUUUUUUGUAAGUAUGAAACUACACCGUGA